AUGUUAAUUCUUGGUCUUUUGUGAAAAAUUUUCUUAUGGCAAAUUUUUCCAGUUCUGCUUCUCCUUCUUGCAAACUCAGAACACCUUUACUGAUCCUCCAACCCAAUGUUUUACCUUAAUAAAAUUGUAUAUAUUUUAAGAAAAUGCAUUAAAAAUAUUUUGAUUGGCUUACUGAUGAAUGCGAGCUCUUUAAAAAAAGAUAAAGCUUUUGCUCAUCAAAAAAAGGGAAGAGAUGUAAAAUAUGAAUCUAAUAUUUAUCAUUAA